CAAACAACAGACAUUCUCUUCCUUCCACUUAGCUUCCAUUGGUUUUAGCAGCCUCUGCCUGAGCAUCCCUGGACAGGGCAGUCACACUGCCGCUGCUGCAAACUGAUCUAUCACCUCUGAACAUCUAGCAAAGCAGUGCUCUUCACCAGCUACAAGCCACCUGUUGCAUAGCUACGACGGACUGAUACAACAACAUUGUAACUGAGGGACAAAACUGGAAAAAACACACAAUAUAAUCAUGUCCAUGGUGAUGAUUAUGCUGAUUCUACUCUUGACCAGUCCACUGGGAAGGACAUUUGUCAUGGAACGGUCGGAGAAGGAAGUCGCUGAUUCUGCCGUAUCUGCAUCAUCUGUCCAAAGGAGCAGCAGGUGCCAGAGGGUAUCACUGCAGACCAUCCGCGAGAGCCUCCUGCAGGGGCUGAACCUCCAGCAGGAGCCCCAACCUCAGAGCAGCUGGAUGGCAGAGCUGAGGGAGCAGUGGAAGGCUGCCUUGAAAGCCAGUGGCCACUCAAGUGCCCCCAUUCAGUCUCCUCUACCAAUGACAGGCAAUGGACAACACCCUGAUGCUCCUGCCACAGAACUGCAGUGCUGCAUGCUCUCCUCACAGGUCUUCAUCAAAGAUUUGGGCUGGGAGAACUGGGUCAUCUACCCAGAGAGCUUCACCUUCACCCAGUGCAGUGCUUGCAUCCCGCAGCCCAAGCCCAGUGAGCCCCUGUGCCCAAGUGCCCCCACCGCUGGCGCAACUCCACAGGUGCCCUGCUGCCAACCAAUUGCCCAUGACAUGGUGCCCUUCUUCUACUUGGAUAAGAGCAGCACGCUGGUCAUUUCCUCUGUGCCUAUGACUCGCCAAUGCGGCUGUGGACAAGGAUCUGAUUCUCAUGCCCCUCGGCCAUGAAUCAACCAUAUAUAUCUUCCAAACCUUCAAACCUCUUUCCUGUUAGGCCAAUGUGAUCUCCGCAUCAUCAGUGAGAGAGGUACUGCAUUAAUAACAAGUAGACAGGCUGUAACUUUCUGUCUAGUUUUAGAUAUGUGGGCUGAGACUCUUAUGUUUGAUCCAAGUUAUAUACAUGUAUUUUAAGGUCAUUAUGAUCAUCUAUCUACGGAGGUUAUUUUUUUUUUACUGCUGCUGUCUGGUAUUCUGGUCUUUGCAGAAUCUUUUUUUUGGUAAUCAAGUUCUAGGAUUCUCUGUUUUUGGAAAAUGAAAUAGUACACCAUGGAACACUUAUAUUUUAAAAUAAGUGUGGAGACUAGAUUAAAUCUGCACAUGUGCGUGCAGCUAUUUUUUGGUCAUAUUUCAUUCACCCGUAGCAUGAGUCUGCCAGGGAGUGAGAAGAUACAGCUACUAACUGUUCCUUGAAAAAAUUUGAGCACUCUGUAGCCAGGCCAAACAUUUUCUGUGUCUUGUUAACCCUCUAGGCACAGCAGUGAGGUCUAUUAAAGGGAAAGCUGCUUUUAAUUGGCGACAAACAGGGCUUUUCAGUAUUGCUAAACAGUGUUGACUUAAAUAGAAACCCAUAUUUGAAACUAGAGCAACCUAUUUGAGGAAAAACAUCCAUAUGUUACCACAUAAGAUUUUAACAUUACAAGAAUAUCCACAGAGGGAGAUAACUUCACAAAAUGUGAAGUUUGCGUACAUCACAUUUCAGCUGUAAGACGGGUUGUAAAACCAUGCUGUCACAAAUAUUUUUCAAAAUGGUUUAACUUAGGAGCAUUCUGUUCUACUUUGUUUGUUAUGCUUGCACACCGUCAAAAACAUUUUAUUUUUAACAUACUGGCUACUUUGUAAUUUACUUUACUGAAGCAGUUCCCAUGACCUCUGUAUGCCUACACUGGUUAUAUUAUGUCUUUGUAAGUUCUUGAAUAUCCCAGAUCACAUCGCUAGUAUAUGCACCCCUGGGUAUGAAAAAACGUCUUGUUUACUUUUGAGGAACAUGGUCUGCUUUAGACUAGUUUUUUCCCUCUAAUGUGUAUUUAUGGUGUGCAUUCAUUCAUCUUUUUAUUUCUUUACUUUCAACUGUGUAUUUAGCGCUUGAUGACAAAUGAUUAAUCACAAACACUAACAAUUUCUUAUUAGGUGAUAGCUACUGUUUUUAAACACACAACAUUAUAUGUUAACUUUGUAUUAAAUAUAUUUAUAUAUUUGCAUAACUUUUAAUGAAUAAAGACUGCAU